AUGGCGUCUGCUCAGGUUGAGGCGAUCGGGAAGAAGCUGAGCAAGAAGCAGAGUGCUCCACCUACCGGAGAAGCUGGUCCAGCCCCUUCCCUGGCUUGGACCCUGAGUCUGGAAACUUCCUGUGUUGCACCUGAGGACAGAGGCAUGGGCCCUGCGGUCCCCGUGGUCCUGCUGCUACUUAUGCUAGGUGAGCCCCAGGGGCAGGGCCAAGAGGGGAGAAAUGCGGAAGCGUUUGACUCAAGAAGGCAUCGCAUGAUAAUGUAUGGAUGCUGUUCAGAGGAUGACUUCAUGGAAAUGAGCAAGUUAGAGGAGACCCAGGCCCUGGAAAACCGCAUUUCAGGGUUUUGCCCAUAUUCUUUUACCAAAAAGAAAACUUUGCAAUCAGUGUGUGGACGACCUGUAUACUCUGGUCGCAUUGUGGGUGGCCAACCUGCUGCUUUGGGGCGCUGGCCUUGGCAGGUCAGCCUGCAGUAUGACCAGACUCACGUCUGUGGAGGUUCCCUCGUCAGCGAGCGCUGGGUAGUGACAGCGGCACACUGCAUAAAAAAGGAACAGUUUAUUUCUUUAUACAGUGUACGGCUUGGAUCCAUUGCCUCAAGUAAAGGCAAAGAAUACUAUGUGUCCAAAAUCAUCACCUAUCCCAAAAACCACGGUGUAAACAGAGAUAUUGCCCUGCUGAGACUGUCAUGCAAGGUCACCUUCACCGCCCUCAUUCUACCCAUUUGCUUGCCCAGUGUCUCAAAGCAGCAGCUUCCUCUGCCAGCUUCUUGCUGGGUGACUGGAUGGGGAAUGACUCAGGAAGGUCUUUACCCCUCUACCCUUCACGAAGUUGAAGUACCCCUCAUUAGCAAUGAGGGGUGUGAACAACUGUACAACCCAAUCGGCAGUUUCAUCCCAGAACUGGAGUCCGUCAUCAAGGAGGACGAAUUUUGUGCUGGCGAUAUUCAGACAAAUAAGGACAGUUGCAAGGGUGACUCCGGAGGACCUCUGUCUUGCCACAUUGAUGGUGUCUGGAUCCUGAUGGGUGUGGUAAGCUGGGGUUUGGAAUGUGGCAAAAAUCUUCCUGGAGUCUACGUUAACGUGACCUACUACCAUAAAUGGAUCAAAGCCAUUAUCUCGAGAGCACGGGGCUCCGGUGGUGACUGUACUUAUGUGAUUUCUUGUUCCCUGCUGUACUACUUUCUCUGGCUCUCCUGGGAUCCCCCUGAACCUUGA